UCCCUACACGUGCCUCACCAUCUUUUGUUCUCUCGCUCCCAACUCAACUCCUCCUGGGGUUUCUUCUCUCACAUUUUGUUACUGCAACAACUCAAGUACACUCAACUUGAAAAGCUCGAAAUUGUGGAAAAAUGUGACUGAUACGACCACAAUCGUGGUUGCACAAACCAACUAAAAUCCUUGACGUUGUGGCCAAAAUGGUGGUCGCAGACUUUUUUAAAACCUUUAACCUUUUCAACAAGCCAGCAAAAGUUUUUCCAAGGGAUGGAGACCAUUGGUUCUGUGGAUGACCUCUUGGAUUUUUCGUUGGACAUAGGUGAGGAAGAUGAUGACGAAGACAAACACAGGAAAUCCUGUCCUUCACUUAACUCAAAAUGUGGCAAUCCAUCAUUGUUUAACUCAUUGGUACCAGAGGAUCCGAACCAUUCAUAUUCUGAGUUUGUGGAGGAGGAGCUUGAAUGGCUAUCCAACAAAGAUGCAUUUCCUUCUGUUGAAACAUUUGUUGACUUAUCAUCUAUUCAACCUGAUACAGCCAAGAUAAAAAAAUCAACCCCAGUAACAACCCCAGUACUUGAGGACAGCACAGGCAGUAACAACAGUAAUAACAGCAGUAACAGUAUUUCCCUCUUAAACAGCUGUGAUCACCUUAAGGUUCCAGUCCGUGCUCGUAGCAAGAGGCGCAGUCGGUGUCGCCCUGGCAUUGCUGACGAAAACUCUGGUCAGCAAGUUUGGUGGAGACAACCAAGUAAUGAAAUUUCCAAGGCAGAAGAAGGGAUGAAAAUCUCACCAAUUGGGAGGAAAUGUCAGCACUGUGGAGCUGAAAAAACUCCACAGUGGAGGGCAGGUCCCCUUGGGCCAAAAACACUUUGUAAUGCAUGUGGGGUUAGGUUUAAGUCUGGUCGGCUUGUGCCUGAAUACCGUCCUGCUAGUAGCCCAACUUUUCGUAGUGAUUUGCAUUCUAAUUCCCACAGGAAGAUAGUAGAGAUGAGGAGGCAGAAGCAAAUGGGAAUGGGAUAAAUGCGAAGUGGUAGUGAGCAGUGCUAUUGGCAUUCAGCCAGCUAGGACUUAGAGAUUUGAUUUUCUUUUCGAUUUUGAUUUAUUCUAAUUAAUUUUUUGUUCAUUUCUGCUAUGGGUUGGUUUUAGACAGGGAAGUCAAAAUUCUUGAUUGAAAAUGAAGUUAGGAAGGUUUAGAUUGCUUGUGUAUUUGUUAUGCAGAAAACAAGGAAGCCAAAUUGGGAUCAUUUGAUUUGGCUAUUUCUUAAGGCUGUAACAUGUAGAGGUAAGUUGCUGGAAUGAUGAUUGUGGUCCCUUUUCCGAUGGGAGGCUAUUAUUCUUAUCUGAACUAAUUCUAAAUUGUUAAGACAGUAGGGGUGCAGUUGAUUGUUGAGGAAAUAUGUCACCAUUCAAGGAGUGAUGACAUUAUUCAUGUAUUUGAAGAAAGAAAAGAUAAAUGCUGUCUUAUCUUAGAUGUAAAGACAGGUAUUUCUUUAUUAUUUGAUUCUCCUUCUAAGGGAUCCAAAUGUAUGCAACAAAAUUUGAAUCAAUCCAGCCUUGACUAAUUGGUUUCUA